AUGCAGACGGUUCCAAGUCUCGUUGGAUCCGGUGCUGCGCUUGCUGCAGCUGCCUUGGGUCUGGCAUUUGCUGAGCCAGAGCCCCAACCAAGUCCUCCUCCGACCUCGACCUUGAACAGAAAACGGGCGUACACCAACUACGAUGGCCCUUCCUACAACCCUCGCCUGAGCAGCGCACCUGCUUCCUCUCGCCCAGGGACCAGCUCUGCAAGCCUGAACCCUCCCGCCGAGGUGUUUCAUCCCAGCUCCCUCCCCGAUGCAUCCUUCUCACCCACAACUGCAAACACCCCCCGCCCUCAUCGUCCCACGAGUAGCACCCAACUUACGCCGCCCAAAGUCAGCAGCCGAAGGCAAUCGUUUGUUCGCCAGGCCGACGGCAUCGUGGCCCCCACGGCUGAGGACUCGCGUGACUCCGUCUCGUCCAAUGGCUCCUGGAUGAGACGCCUGUCAUUGCGACCGCUCUCACAACACGGUAGCCUUCGCUCCAGCGCUGGCCCUGAAACGCACUCCAUUGCCUUCUCCCAUGGAUCCUCGGCCCCAAUUCUGUCGCCAUCAGGCACAUAUCAGACCCCGCUGCCUCCAAACAAGUUAGUGAAGCGCGCUCCUUCUGCUCAUCAGAAUGGAGCGGGCGAUGCGGCGCCGCGCCAAGUCGCACCUCCCCUAGACUAUGACUCGACCGAGGGUUUGGAGGCCCAGCAAUAUUCACUCGAUCGUUACAUGCCAGCGCAAGAUGUUUUGUCUCUGUCGCCGGUCGAGCCCUACCCCCCUCCCCGAGCUGCUGAACCAUCGCGCUGGACCUCCCUGUUUCAUUCGCGAACCAUUAACGUACCUGUCAGUAGGACGCCGGACCGGUUACUCGAACCCGGAGCGGCGCCUCUAUCCAAACGACUACGUGUCUUUGUUGAGGAUAAGAAUAACAUCUAUCUUGUCCGAGCUAGCGUGCAACAACGCACUAAUUCUGAGCAAUCCACAUCCGCUUUGCACAUGGCACGCCAGCGAAAUUCAUCCUCCCCGCUUCCCCCAUUGUCUCGUCUCUCGAGUUUCAACGUCGACCUCACGAGGCUAGGGUCGUCAGCGACUGUGCCGCAGCCCCGGUCAAAUCAGCCAUCCGGCAGCUCACAGAGCUCGGCAGCCAUGGCCUCUUACAAGAACGCGAGGCACGAACGAAGCUCCACGCUGAAUAGCUCCGACUACGAGGUGCGGGGCUUUGGUUCCGGCGAUGAUGAAGACACAGAUUUCAGGAGCGACACCAUGUUUGACUCAAUACGGACGUUGGCAUCGGUACGCAACCGAGCCGUCGAGAGCCCACUUGAGUCCAUGUUCGACGAGUCCCCCCCCAGCACCGCUGGCAAUGGGAAGACGAAGCGGCUGUCCAUCCAAGAGAUACUCGGGCGUGGCUGGGAUGCUGACGAGAUGAUUAUGGAAGAGGACGAAAACAUGUCAACGCCGGUUCGGGCUAGCCAUGACCGCAAGAACCUCGCAGGCAUCGCUCCCGCACCGACUGGAUACAGCUACGAGCGUCCCUCGAACGACUAUUCCCUGUCCAACAAAGACCUAUCACGACUCUCCCUAGAAGACGAUUUUGAAGACGACUGGGCCAGGGACGACGACGAAAUGGGGUUCGGCAACCAACUAUCACCACCCAGCUCGAUGAACUCGAGAGGUGUCAGCCCCAACCUGCGACUAGCAUUAGCCAGCAUCAGCGGCAAAGAUGUCGCGGAUGUGGCGCAAGACUUGCGCGGCGAGAGGCCUCGCAGCAACCUUUUUGACUGGACGGAGACGAAUCCGGGCGAGCAUAGUGCAGAGGGCCAGCUCCGCCCUAAGACAGUUCACGGCCGCCAAGAAAUGGACAUGAGAGGUGGUCGUCCUUCCAACCGCAAGGGACCUGUUGUUGCGCACGUCAGAAGCCAAAGUGUCCCCGUUGUAUACGACCCAACGGACAAUGCCAAAGCUGCGACGCAGAAAUUCGGCACAUGGGGACUCGGCACCAAGGGUGCCAGCGAAGAUUGGGAUGACGAUUUCGAGUUUGGCGGCAGUGAUGAGGGCGGAGGUGUCCACUCUGGUGGGGAUCUAUCCAUGAUGGUUCCAGCAUCGAUUCAAGCAUCGCAACCCAGCCUGAAGCAACACUCUGGUCAGAUUAGGGAGCUUUCUCUCCUUGUGAACGAUCUCAAGCGCCUCUGCCGACAUGGACGUGAUCUCGAUCUACUCGACGGCACCCAUGCGGCGCUGUGGCACGAGGCAGGAGGCAUAAUUUCCCUGGCCUCACCGGACGAGGACGAGUUGGAAGGCAUGGACGUUGAUUCUUCGGAUCUGGAUUUCGAGCCUUACAGCGUCAACGAGCGUUUGGCAGACAACAACAAUAUGGACACGGAGCCUGCAAAGAAGCCGGAUGAUCCCUUCGAGGCACACGACCUGCGCCUAGCCAAGACCACUGUCAUCCGGGAACGCCCUGCAGGACGAAGGCGAUCAGUCUUCAGCCCUGACGAUGACAUAUUUGGAGGCAAUGGAUCAAUCACUGAUGCCAGCGCCGCAUCCUCCCGACCGAAGACGCCUGAGAACAACAUAAAUAUGGGGGGCCACGACGUUACCGACAUUGUCAAGUCGGUGCUGGACGCCAUGCAGCAACGGUCUGCGUCGGACUCGUCUCACAACUCCGCGAGGGCUUCGGAAGACAAGGUUCACUUUGGCACAAACAAUCUGAAGGCAUUGGUCAAGCGGGCAGGAGAUUUGCGAGACUUGCUCUCCGAGGCUGUCCGCCGUGUCGACCAGAUCACCUCCAGUCCCAUGAGGACCCCUCGUCGUCAUGAGCGCGAAAGCCCUGCCUUUACCCGGGUCUUUACACCUGAACCGCCAUCAUCCAGUCCGCCCAAGCGUCUGCCCCAUAGUCAAAGUACGAAUUCAGUACUGAGCCGCGGCUCUCACGAGGCCUCACCAUCGACUGGUCUCAACCAACGAAUGCAGAUGAUGACUGUCAGUUGA